AUGCCCCGGCGAGCGCCCGCUCCUGACGGGGACGAUUUCACCUUCAGACCGCCUCCGGACGCCCGAGCGGACGUCGGCGAGGACGAGGCGGCGACGCCGAGCCCGAGUAGACCGUUCGGACAGUUGCUCGGCAAUUUUCCAGAUGAAGGAUUCUCACCCGUGCUCGCGCCGCCCUCCCGCGCGGCGAGCGCGCGGGACGUCACGGUGAUCACGCUCGGUGUGGUUGUCAUCGCGAGCGCGUCGGCGUACUGGUUACUCCAGGUCCUGGCGUAUCUGCUGCGACCGCUCGUCACGGCGGUCGGCGCGGCGCUGUUGCUGCGACCGCUGGUUGAUUUCGUGAGCGAUAAGGGGUAUCAGCGAGAGACGUUGCGGCGACAUCGAGCGCGGUUAUUGUGCUGUGGGGGGACGUUCACGGUGCCGAGGAUCGUGGCGAUCGUACUCGCGCUCGCGGUGACGUGCGCGGUGUUCGGGACGUUGAUUUGGGCGCUGUAUCUCGGUCGAGUGUACGUCGCGGUACACGUAAAGGAUCCGGCGUGGUACGCCAGGUUCACGUCGCGAGUGAAUGCGAUCGGACAAAGCAUGAGUGAGGCGGCAAGGAGGAUCUUCAAGAAGGAUGACAUCGCGGAGCAAGCGUGGGACCGGUUACAAAACGAAAUAGAAGGCGCGCUCAAGGAUGCGGAGUUUUGGGAAAAUCUCGGUGUUGGAGCGUUUCACUACCUUCAGGACGUCAUGUUGAUGCUAUUUUACACGCUAUUCCUGCUCUUGCCUAGAAGGGAGCUAUCAUUUUCGAGAUCGUUGGUGGUGCGAAGAAUUCGCAAGGCGACUCGGCGUUUCGUGAGCAUCAUGGUGCAAAUUGCGAUGGUGCGAGCUCUGCUCGUCGGCGUCCUCCUUGGCCUGUGUCGAAUGCCCUGGCCAUUGGCAAUCGCCAUAGCGAUCGUGUCGUUCUGGUUAUUCUUCAUACCGACGCUAGGUUCGAUCAUUGCCUCCAUAUUACCGUUGCCAAUUAUUGUGCUCCUUCCAGACAUGACUGCGAAUCAGCGCGCGGCUGGGGUCUUCAUCCCGAACUUGGUGUCGUUUUUAGUUGGUGACCUCAUCGGACCGGUCGUGUAUCGUAAGGGUCUAGAUCUCAACGAGGUAACGGUGUUGUUUGCGCUCGUGUUUUGGUAUUCCGUGUGGGGAGCCCCCGGCGCAGUGCUCGGCGUUCCGCUGACGUGCGCGCUGAAAAUCGUGCUCGAAGAGAUCCCUCACGAGGGUGCGCACGCACUGGCCUCAGUCAUGGCGCCCGCGCAGGCGGGCUCGUCCCGAGAAGGGUUGGACUCUUCGCACGAGACCAUUCGUGUACCUAUGACCUUCACGUUCAUCGCUUGGGUGAAACGAAAGUACGACCACCUGUUCAUGCCUCGGCAGACGUUGCGACCGCGCACUCAACAAGACGAGGAGGCGUUGCUGGAUUCAUCACCAGAUUCCUCGGAUUAG